AUGGUGCUCGUAGUACUACGCGUCGCAACGCUGGCGUUGCUGAUGCUGCGUGAUUCCCGAGCAGCGCGUGGGAUUUACGUCAACAAUAAAAAGCUUGAUCCGUUCGAAGUGGACCACAUCGGUCUGGCAAGUAUCGCACCAGGAGUCACCUCGCCGAGUCAGCCGCCAGCGUACGUCACCAAGAGCGACCUGCUGCGUAAGGAUAACUUUACGAGCCCCCAGCACUACUACCAGUACCUGGUGAGCGAACGCCCCUCCAGCUACAUCGAUCUAUGGUGGGGACACAAGAAUAAGACACACGUAACGUCACCGGUUUCCAUGGCCGCACUGUUACCUGUGCAGGACGCGCUGUUUUCGACCCAGAACAAACGCAACAAGACCGACUCCGUGUACGAGGGCAACUAUCAGUCAGCACCACUUCAAUCAACAGAUCUUGCUCCAUCAACUGCGCCGCCGGUCCAUAAGGUGAAACGGCCCGUAAGGACGAAGAAGCGGCCAUCGAAAACCCGGCCAGGUUCCGUACUAACCCAGCCCGAGUUGACGCCUGAAAUGAUGGCCUUCCUGAGUCGUUACUACCUAUUGAGCUGCACGCUAGUGCCGAAACCAGCGAGCGCGGUACAACCGACGCCAACGGUGGCCGCUCCCUCCAUCCAGACCACUACACGCAAAACCAAAAUACGACAUCUGACAACGCGGCCCAGCACGACGACCACUACCACGACGGUAAAGCCGGCGAUCGGAGAUUUCAAGAAGCGGAAGAAGCCUAGCUACGUCUACGUGAAUCCACCGGUCAUCAAGCGGCUCGGGGGCGUACUGGAGUCGGUGUACACCUUUAUGGAGAACGCUCUCACUAGCACCGAGGCAGUGUCGAAGGAGACUCGUGGCGGAGACACGGUGGAACUGAACGUGGGAAGUGCGAAAGUGAAGCGAAACGCUGCCGUACCCGAGGAACGCGCUGGUUCCACGGAGCAGAUAUCGCUCGCAGGAGCAAUCACUUCAGAAACUCCGUCCUGGAGUACGGUACUCAGUCCGGGUACGCUGGCGGACUCGAAGCGGUUCACGGUUCCGGACCGAGUCACCAUCUCGGGGCUUCCGGGGGCCGUGAGCACGGACGGGGGCAAGAACACGAUGACCACCAACAUCCAGGUGACGAGCGAGUACACGGCGGCUACACCACCGACGGUGCCCUUUCGAAAGCCCGACCCGGACGACGACGACGACGAGAGCAGUGAGGAGGAAUCGGAAGAGGACUACUUCGGAGAAUUGACGGGUUUCCAGGACCAGGAGGACGGCGAUGAUGACGAGGACGACGAGGACGAAGACGACGACGAGAGCGAUGAGACUGAAGCUGGACAGCCAUCCAGCAACGACAAGGACUACGGGAACGACACCGAGAAUCACUCCCAAACUAGUCGACCCGUGCGUCGAAAGCCGACCAAGAAGCGGCACCGUAAGAAGCGUCCAGCAUCGAGCGGCAGCUACGAGGACCUGGAGUACGGCGACGACGACGAGGCGACCUCGUCGGACGAGGAUGACGACUAUAGCGAUGAGUACUACAGCAACACGGACGAUGACUACGACGACGACGACGAGGACGACGUAGGUGAUGGGAACGGGGCCGGAUUCUUCACCGGGAUGUUUUCCACGUUUGGUCGCUUCGUGAGUUCGCUCGGGUUCGGGGGGUCCGCUGUUGGAGCCCCCGACGACUACGGUGACUCCGAGGAGGACCGAGCCCACAGCACAACACCUCGCAUUUUGGCGGUAACGCGUAAGCGACCGACGCGCAGUACCUCCGGAGAACCGGUAGCCCCGGUUGACAGUCGGAACGGUACCGCCACGGUUCCAUCGACACCCUCGUCGUCGUCCUGGCUGUCAAUGCCGCUGGUCUACAACCCGUGGAGUCCCGAUUUGGACGAUACGCCUUCGCCGGACGAUUUGGCUCCGUCAGAGCCUACCACGAUCACCAACACCACCCCAGGUUCAUGGUUCGAGCUGAUGAUGCCUUGGGAUUUUUUCAACCCCUGGCUGCCGGAUGUGACGGAGAACGAUGUGUCGGAGGAGUCUGUACUACCACCAGCGAUGCCUAGUCCAUCACCCGUAGCUCCAUCGGCGAGCUGGUUCAGUCAACUGCUCGGUGGCGCUGCUAUCUCCGCGAAACCACCAAAGCCCGCCACUGGGAUCCCAACCCAACUUCCUUCCAGUAGUUACUCGGUGCGGCCGACCAGAAAGGUUUCCUACGCUGGCCACCAGUUGUGGCGCGUGUUCGUGGAAACCGCCGAGCACCGCCAGUACCUGGACGACUUCCGGCGCUCAACGGACGGUCGCCGGCUGCAAUGGUGGCUCGGCCCAACGCUGCACGGGCCCACGGAUGUGCUGGUGCCGCCGGAGUCACUGCAAACCUUCCGCGAGUACCUCCUGGCCGAAGGCAUCCAAUUUCGGCCGACCAUACAGGAUCUGGGACGGGCGAUCGCACACGAGAAAUCCCGAGUAACGCGGCGCGAGCAGAUGGAGCACAGGCUACGGCAGGGUCAUUCGCUGACGUGGUACCGCUACCAUCGGUACGCCGACAUCGUUCAGUUUCUGGACUACCUACAGCAGCAGCACCCGCAGCGGGUCCAGCUACUCCACGUCGGCCGCUCGUACGAAGGGCGGCCCCUGACGGUGGUACGCGUUUCCUCGUCGAUCUCCCACGUCCAGGGCGUAGAGCGUCGACGCAAGCGCCGCAAGCCCCAGAAGAAGCGACCGGCCAUCUUCAUCGAGGCCGGGGCUCACGGUCGCGAGUGGCUUGGUCCAGCAGUUGCGACGUGGUUUCUGAACCACCUUCUACAACUCCAGCAGUCCGGUGCCCCGGUGGUCAAUGGGUCUGACCCCGGAUCCGAGAAGGAAACCUUGGCCCGGUACGACUGGUACGUGCUGCCGGUACUGAACCCCGAUGGCUACGAGUACAGCCACGAGCACGACCGGAUGUGGUCCAAGAGUCGCUCGCAGGUGGAGCCCAGACCCCAGGGUGUUCUAUCCAGCGCGUUCAACUGGUGGCAGACGGGGACAGCGGCGGACCCCAGCAAGCGGGAGUGCUACGGCGUUGACCUCAACCGUAACUGGGCUCACCAACCUCAUCUUCGCAACGAGUGCAGCGAAGACUUUGCGGGAAGCGAUCCCUUCUCCGAGCCCGAAACGCGAGCCCUGCGUGACUUCCUCGCUGCCGGGCGUCGUAAUAUCCGCUUGUUUGUGUCGCUCCACGCAUACGGUCAGGUGCUCUCCUAUCCGAGUGACAAGCGCCCGAAGGACGAGGUAGACGCUCCGAGUGACAUCCACGAGAUGGCAACGGUCGCUCUGGAAGCGCUGAGCGGAACUGGCAGUGACGUGCGGUAUCGGAUUGUGCCGAGCCCCGGGCUAGAGGGCCAGGCUUCGGGCACCGCGGCCGAAUACGCACGGUAUGGAGCGGGAAUCCGGUACAGCUACACGCUGACGCUUCCCGACACCGGUACGCACGGUUUCCUGUUGCCACCGUCCAACAUCGUGGCGACCGCCCGGGACGCGUUCGAAAUCAUCAAGGGCAUGAUUGACUACACGUAG